AAUGUUUCCCAGACCCCAAGUCCUCCCAUUUACCAAUGUUUCCCAAGUCCUCCCCUUUACCAGUGUUUCCCAAGUCCUCCCCUUUACCAGUGUUUCCCAGACCCCAAGUCCUCCCAUUUACCAAUGUUUCCCAGACCCCAAGUCCUCCCAUUUACCAAUGUUUCCCAGACCCCAAGUCCUCCCAUUUACCAAUGUUUCCCAAGUCCUCCCCUUUACCAGUGUUUCCCAGACCCCAAGUCCUCCCAUUUACCAAUGUUUCCCAAGUCCUCUCCUUUACCAGUGUUUCCCAGACCCCAAGUCCUCCCAUUUACCAAUGUUUCCCAGACUCCAAGUCCUCCCAUUUACCAGUGUUUCCCAGACCCCAAGUCCUCCCCUUUACCAGUGUUUCCCAGACCCCAAGUCCUCCCCUUUACCAGUGUUUCCCAGACCCCAAGUCCUCCCCUUUACCAGUGUUUCCCAGACCCCAAGUCCUCCCCUUUACCAGUGUUUCCCAGACCCCAAGUCCCCCCUUUACCAGUGUUUCCCAGACGCCAAGUCCCCCCUUUACCAGUGUUUCCCAGACCCCUGUCCUGUCCCCCCAUUAUCAAUGUUUCCCAUGUCCUGUCCCCCUUUACCAAUGUUUCCCAGACCCCUGUCCCCCCUUUACCAGUGUUUCCCAGAUCCCAAGUCCUGCCCUUUACCAGUGUUUCCCAGACCCCUGUCCUAUCCCCCCUUUACCAGUGUUUCCCAGACCCCAAGUCCCCCUUUACCAGUGUUUCCCAUGUCCUGUCCCCCCUUUACCAGUGUUUCCCAUGUCCUGUCCCCCUUUACAGAUGUUUCCCAUGUCCUGGCCCCCCUUUACCAGUGUUUCCCAUGUCCUGUCCCCCCUUUACCAGUGUUUCCCAUGUCCUGUCUCCCCUUUACCAGUGUUUCCCAUGUCCUGUCCUCCCCUUUACCAGUGUUUCCCAUGUCCUGUCCCCCCUUUACCAGUGUUUCCCAUGUUCUGUCCCCCCUUUACCAGUGUUUCCCAUGUCCUGUCCCCCCUUUUACCAGUGUUUCCCAUGUCCUGUCCCCCCUUUACCAGUGUUUCCCAUGUCCUGUCCCCCCUUUACCAGUGUUUCCCAUGUCCUGUCCCCCCUUUACCAGUGUUUCCCAGACCCCAAGUCCCCCUUUACCAAUGUUUCCCAUGUCCUGUCCCCCCUUUACCAAUGUUUCCCAUGUCCUGUCCCCCCUUUACCAGUGUUUCCCAGACCCCUGUCCUGUCCCCCCUUUACAGAUGUUUCCCAUGUUCUGUCCCCCCUUUACCAGUGUUUCCCAGACCCCUGUCCUGUACCCCCUUUACCAAUGUUUCCCAGACCCCUGACCUGUCCCCCCUUUACCAAUGUUUCCCAGACCCCUGUCCUGUCCCCUUUAUCAAUGUUUCCCAUGUCCUGUCCCCCCUUUACCAAUGUUUCCCAGACCCCUGUCCUGUCCCCCCUUUACCAAUGCUUCCCAGACCCCUGACCUGUCCCCCCCCUUUACCAAUGCUUCCCAGACCCCUGACCUGUCCCCCCUUUACCAAUGCUUCCCAGACCCCUGACCUGUCCCCCCCUUUAUCAAUGCUUCCCAUACUUGGAGCUUUCAGCCAACUGGCACCCUAAUCCCUAUAUAGUGCACUACUUUUGACCAGAGCCAUAGGAAGUGCAUUAUUUAGGGAAUAGGCAGCCAGUUGGAACACACAGCCUUUAAUACAAACUUCAUUGGUGAAGCAAUGGGUCUGUCAACCAACAGGAAGCUUGUAGUGUCAGUCUUUAUAACAACUGAUGAAGGCUUUUUCAGUCCACCAUUUUGUUCCCCCUCAGCCCUCCUGACCUCCCUCAUGAUGAAGGCUAAUUCAGUCCACCAUUUUGUUCCCCCUCAGCCCUCCUGACCUCCCUCAUGAUGAAGGCUUUUCCAGUCCACCAUUUUGUUCCCCCUCAACCCUCCUGACCUCCCUCAUGAUGAAGGCUAAUUCAGUCCACCAUUUUGUUCCCCCUCAGCCCUCCUGACCUCCCUCAUGAUGAAGGCUUUUUCAGUCCACCAUUUUGUUCCCCCUCAGCCCUCCUGACCUCCCUCAUGAUGAAGGCUUUUUAGUCCACCAUUUUGUUCCCCCUCAGCCCUCCUGACCUCCCUCAUGAUGAAGGCUUUUCCAGUCCACCAUUUUGUUCCCCCUCAGCCCUCCUGACCUCCCUCAUGAUGAAGGCUUUUCCAGUCCACCAUUUUGUUCCCCCUCAGCCCUCCUGACCUCCCUCAUGAUGAAGGCUAAUUCAGUCCACCAUUUUGUUCCCCCUCAGCCCUCCUGACCUCCCU